GUGCCACUCCUGCUCAGCCCCAUUCCCUCCAGCCAAGCAUGACCAGCUCCAGCCAUGUGGGGCUGAUUGGUGGCAGGAGCUCUGGGCUCCCUCCUCCUAUCCUCACUGUAGUCCUGCACUCCGGCAGCCAUUCUCCACAUGUGACAUCUACAAAAGGCAGAAAGUCCUUCUGCUCAUGGCCACUGGAACAAAUAGAGGCAAUCUGGGAUGCUGAGGUUCUGCCUUUUGCCCAGCUUUAAGAACAAGACCUGGGCACUGCUUUUGCCAUGCCGCUGGAUGUACCGACACCUGCUGGGAUGAGGUUUUUCCUCCAGUAUGCCGGCUGUUUUUUUGCUUUUUUCUCUACUGGCUUUUUGAUAGCAUCUACCUGGACAGAUUGCUGGAUGGUGAAUGCUGACGAUUCCCUGGAGGUGAGUACAAAAUGCCGUGGUCUGUGGUGGGAAUGUGUCACAAAUGUUUUUGAUGGGAUCCAAACAUGUGAUGAGUACGACUCCAUCUUCGCUGAGCACCCUGUGAAGCUGGUGCUGACCCGAGCCAUGAUGAUCACAGCAGAUAUCCUGGCAGGAUUUGGAUUUCUCUUCCUUGUCCUGGGACUGGACUGUGUGAAAUUCCUUCCAGAUGAGCCACUUAUCAAGCUGCGCAUCUGUCUGGUGUCUGGAGUUACCUUGCUCAUUGCAGGUCUCCCAGGCAUCACGGGAUCAGUGUGGUAUGCCAUUGAUGUCUACGUGGAGCGCACAUCUCUGGUCUUCCACAACGUCUUUCUGGGCAUCCAGUACAAGUUUGGCUGGUCGUGCUGGCUCGGCAUGGCGGGAUCACUGGGCUGCUUCUUAUCUGGGUCCCUGCUCACCUGCUGCAUGUACCUCUUCAGAGAGACCAGCUCUGGAAGGCUCCACUCUGCAUACUCCUUGAGGAAAGGCUAUUCCUCUGCUGGGACGAUCGUAACAAAUGUGCAUUUGCCAUCCUCACAAACAGCAACUGCCAAAAUGUAUGCCAUGGACACAAGAGUGUGAGAAGGAGGCAGAGACAUCAGAAGGAGCUCCACUCCAGUGGACUGUGCAGGGACUUGAGCUCCUAUGGUUGUGGUAUA